AUGCCGGCAAUUGAUGAUUUUUCAAUGAUGACACCAGAAGAUCUUAUGAACACAUCUGCAUUAUCGGUAUCACCAAUUUUAGUGUCAUCUAUAUUCGACGAGAUUUACACCUCACCGGAAACAUUGAAUGUGAGUGAUAGUAUUGACAGACAUCAUUACCGUCGUAGCGAUAACCGAAUUACACCACGAUGGAGAAGAAGACCGCAAGUUAUCAAUACAGUACCGGAUGAAAAUGCUGAUGAAGAGGAAGAUAACAUUGGCCCUAUUGCACCCACCAAUUAUCGAUUUCCUAGAACAACUUCAGCGGCGAGUUUUAUAUAUGGACAAAACUGUUUGAAUGAUUUAGCGGUAAACACGAGUUUUUUGUGCACAGGCGUUAAUACCACGCUUGAUUUUGAUGUUAUUUUUGAUGAUGGUGGACAAUACGGAUUCACAGCACCUUGUAAAGAUGGGUUGAUCUUUAUCUCCCAUAAAGAAAUUGAUAUAUCAGAAACAAAAGGAUUCGAUGAUUUUACCAAAGAACAAUACGAUGCCUAUAUACAAGAAAAACACGGUAGAUUAGAAGACACAGAUCCUGUAGCCUGGUUUACACUAAAACAAGAUAAACUUAGCGUUCUGGAUUUGGUUGACAGGGCAGGAAAAUUUGUACUGAUUAAGCUGCUAAGAGCAGACCAUGAGUCGGACAACAUAGAUAUUCAAUACAUUGGCUUUAUUGGCCAUGCAGGACCUCGAUCAUUUGGUUGUGCCAAACUGUGCUGA